AUGGGAAGGACGGUCUUCCCCGCAGAGUUGCGCUCGAGGACGGAAAGUUUUUGCACGCAGCCCCUCCAGCGCGUCCUUCCCUCGCCGGUGCCUGUCGCCCACGUGGGACAUGCACUACACCUAAUCCACUUACCUGCUACAAGCAACGUGGCAGAGAAUUCUCCACCUGAGACUUCAGUGCACAAGUUUUCUGUGACAUUAUCAGCAUCACUGUCACCUGUGAUCCCAGGGUUUCCCCUAAUCAACUCAAGUCCCCUCACUGAGGCCUUCAGGGUGAACUGGCUGUCAGACACUGACUUUGAGGUUGUCACCACCGGGAAGGAACAACUAGAUUUUGAAACAGGACCACACAUAUUUGAUUUGCAGAUUUGUGUGAAGGAUGACAUGGGUGUCACUGACCUGCAGGUCCUGACGGUCCAGGUAACAGAUGUGAAUGAGCCGCCUGAGUUUCAAGGCAACUUGGCAACAGGUCUAGACCUCUACAUAGUGGAAGGAGCAAAGCCUGGAGUUAUUUACCAGGUGGAGGCCUUCGAUCCAGAAGACACAAGGCAAAACACACCCCUCGGUUAUUUCCUGAUUUCCCCUUCAAAGAGUUUCAGAAUGUCUGCUAAUGGGACCCUCUUCUCCACAACAGAAUUUGACUUUGAAGCAGGACACAGCAGGUACCAUCUCAUCGUGGAAGUGAGAGAUAGCCAAGGGCUCAGAGCCUCCAUGGAGCUGCAGGUGAACAUUGUGAAUAUCAAUGAUGAGAUCCCUCGCUUUACCAGCCCAACGCACGUGUACACGAUUCCCGAGGAGCUGGGUCCAGGAGCAAUUGUGGCCAAUAUCACAGCUGAGGACCCUGAUGAUAAAGGUUUUACCAGCUUCCUCUUCUACAGCAUCACUACUGUCAACAGCUAUUUCAUGAUCAAUCAGUUGACUGGGACCAUCCAAGUGGCGCUCAGGAUAGACCGAGAUGCAGGUGAAUUAAGACAAAAUCCCGCCAUAUCUCUGGAGGUUCUGGUGAAGGAUAGACCCUCUGGGGGUCAGGAGAAUCGCAAGCAGAUAACCUUCAUUGUGGAAGACAUUAAUGACAACCCCUCGACAUGCACCAAGUUCACCUUCAGCAUUAUGGUGCCUGAGAGAGCAGCCAAGGGGACGUUGCUUCUGGACCUGAGCAAGUUCUGCUUUGAUGAUGACAGUAAAGCACCAAACAACCAAUUCAACUUCACCACGCCAUCCGGAGUGGGGAGCAGCAGCAGAUUUUUACAGGAUCCAGCUGGCUCUGGGACAAUCGUGUUGAUUGGUGAUCUAGAUUAUGAAAAUUCAAGUAAUCUAGCAGCCGGCAAUAAAUACACUGUGAUAAUCCAGGUGCAGGAUGUUGCCCCUCCUUACUAUAAAAAUAAUAUCUACAUUUAUAUCCUAACAAGCCCAGAAAAUGAGUUUCCUCUUCUCUUUGAUAGCCCAUCCUACAUAUUUGCCGUGUCAGAAUUAAGCCCAUCUAGAACCCGGGUUGGACGGAUGCAAGCGACAGAUAAAGACUUCCCCCAGAGAGGCAUCGUGUACUCCAUCUCCACCGGAGGGGCCAGCCAGCACUACCCAAACAUAUUUUGGAUUAAUCCCCAAACGGGAGAACUCCAGCUGGUAACUAAAGCAGACUACGAGACAGCUCCCAUCUAUAUUCUCAGAGUCCAGGCCACCAACGGCGAGGACAGCAGCUCAGUCACAGUGACUGUGAACAUCAUUGAAGAAAAUGAUGAAAAACCAAUCUGUACCCCAAACUCGUACUUCCUGGCCAUCCCAGUGGAUCUGAAAGUUGGCACGAAUAUUUACAAUUUCAAGCUCACGUGUACUGACCUUGAUUCCAGCCCCAGGUCUUUUCGUUACUCCAUUGGCUCAGGGAACAUCAACAGUCAUUUCACCUUCUCUCCUAACGCCGGGUCCAACGUUACAAGCCUGAUCCUCGCGACUCGCUUUGACUAUGCUAGUGGGCUUGAUAAGAUCUGGAACUACAAACUACUUGUCUACAUAACUGAUGACAACUUGCUGUCCGACAGGAAGAGAGCUGCAGCUCUUGUUGAAACAGGCACAGUGACCCUGAGCAUUAGUGUCAUUCCUCACCCAACCACGACUGUCACCACAACCCCCAGGCCCAGGAUCACCUACCGGAUCCUGAGGAAGAACGUGUAUUCUCCAUCGGCCUGGUAUGUGCCUUUUGUCAUCACUUUGGGCUCCAUGCUGCUUCUGGGUCUCCUGGUGUCCCUGAUCAUCCUAUUGGCCAAAGCCAUCCACAGACACUGUCCCUGCAAGGCUGGGAAGCACAAGAAACCUCUGGUGAAGAAAGAAACAAUCCAGAUGAACACUGUCUUUGAUGGAGAAGCCGCAGACCCAGUUACUGGGGCAAUAUAUGAAUUCAACACAAAAACUGGAGCCAGAAAGUGGAAAGAUCCCUUAACCCAAAUGCCAAAAUGGAAGGAGUCCAGCCCUCAGGGAGCUGCUCCAAGAAGACCUGUCACUGGGGAAGGGACCGAGCCACUAAGGAGCACCCACAAGGAAGGAGAUGGGCUGAGAGACAAAGCACAGGCCAAGAAUACAGUCCCACGGUCCAGGAACCAGGACAGCAAGCCAAGCACCCCAAAGAACAGAAACUCAGCCCUUAUGGGUAGGGGAUCCCCCAAACCGCACCCAGAAAAGUGA